AUGCUAGGUAUCGGCUACAGUGGGCGAGCGAACAUCUUGCAAGCAUGCCAGAAGCUUGCCCAAAAGGCGCACAACAAGCUGCUCAGACCGGAGGACAUCGAUGAGUCACUAUUCGCCGACGAGCUCGAGAUGAGCUGGACAGACGAGUUCCCUUACCCUGACCUACUCAUCAGGACCAGCGGCGAACUCAGGCUCAGCGAAUUCAUGCUUUGGCAGUUGGCUUACACCGAGCUCUUCUUCACCGACGCGCUCGGGCCUGAUUUCGGGGAGGCCGAAUAUCUCGAAGCUCUUAUGUCCUUCCAGAGCAGAGAGAGGCGUUUUGGUAAAAGAAUACUGUAG